GUUUGACAAGAAUUGGUUUUAUCAAUUUUGAUUUAAGAGACUAGAAAAUAAUAGUGGGCGAUAAAGAUUCUGCCAAAUAAACAUAUUUUUCCAUUGCGAAAAAAAGGAAAUUGCCUCUCUUCAGGAUAACCUUUAUAGGAAUAGAUAGAAAAAAGUUUACAGUUUGUCUACGGGAAUAAAAAUGUCGCAUACUUCCACUCCAUCAAUUGCUCCCUCCAUUAAACGUUACCGAAAAACGCAGGAAGAUGGUUCUCCGCUACAUGCAGAGAACGAUGAAGAUAAAGAUGAAGAUAAUUAUGUCCCAUACGUGCCGGUUAAACAGCGCAAGAAACAGCAAUUAAUGAAAUUAGGUCGAAUAGUUCAGCUAACGGCUGAAGCUGCUCAGCCAAAAUCAUCCAGCGAAAACGAAAUUGAUGAAGACUCACAAAAUGCAGCUGAUCACGAGAUAUGGGGCCGAAAAUAUAAUAUAAGUUUGUUGGAUCAGCACACAGAAUUAAAGAAAAUAGCCGAGGCGAAAAAAAUUAGUGAUGUUGAGAAACAGCUGAAAGAAGAAGAGAAAAUAUUAGAAAGUGUGCAACAGCAAAAAGCUCUUAUGGGUGUAGCUGAAUUAGCUAAAGGCAUACAGUAUGAAGAUCCGAUUAAGACCGGUUGGAAACCUCCGAAAUAUAUAAUGGAAAUGUCUGAGCAAAAACGUAACAGUAUACGCAAACGUUUGCGAGUGUUGGUCGAAGGCGAAGACACAGCGCCACCCAUACGCAGUUUUAAGGAAAUGAAGUUCCCCAAAGGAAUAUUGAAUGGCUUGGCAGCAAAGGGAAUUAAGAAACCAACCCCUAUACAAGUGCAGGGUAUACCUACAGUGUUAUCUGGACGCGAUUUGAUUGGUAUUGCUUUUACGGGUUCCGGAAAAACAUUGGUCUUUGCAUUGCCAAUUGUAAUGUUUUCGUUGGAGCAAGAAUAUCGUCUGCCUUUUGUGAGAAAUGAAGGGCCUUAUGGUUUGAUUAUUUGCCCUUCGCGGGAAUUGGCCAAACAGACUCACGACAUAAUAGCGCAUUAUUCGCGUCACUUGCAACAAAGUGGAAUGCCUGAAAUUCGUUCCUGCCUUGCGAUAGGAGGGAUACCCAUAUCAGAAGCUCUGGAUGUCAUAGCAAAAGGUGUCCAUAUAAUGGUUGCUACGCCAGGGCGCCUAAUGGAUAUGUUGGAAAAAAAGAUGGUCACUCUGGAUAUAUGCCGAUAUCUAUGCAUGGAUGAAGCUGAUCGUAUGAUCGAUAUGGGCUUCGAGGAAGAUGUCCGCACAAUAUUUUCGUUUUUUAAAGGACAGCGGCAAACUUUAUUGUUUUCGGCUACUAUGCCAAAAAAGAUACAGAAUUUCGCUCGCUCUGCUUUAGUUAAACCAGUCACAAUUAAUGUAGGUCGUGCCGGCGCAGCAUCAAUGAAUGUUAUACAAGAAGUUGAAUAUGUUAAGCAAGAAGCUAAAGUUGUCUAUCUUCUUGAUUGCUUACAAAAAACUGCUCCACCGGUUUUGAUAUUCGCUGAGAAGAAACAAGAUGUAGAUUGUAUACACGAGUAUUUAUUGCUAAAGGGCGUUGAAGCGGUCGCAAUUCACGGUGGUAAGGAUCAAGAAGAGCGAUCUAGGGCGGUAGAAGCUUAUAGAAAUGCUAAGAAAGAUGUUUUAGUAGCUACCGACGUUGCGUCAAAAGGAUUAGAUUUUCCCAAUAUACAACAUGUCAUCAAUUACGAUAUGCCAGAAGAUGUAGAAAAUUAUGUGCAUCGUAUUGGACGUACGGGUCGGUCAAAUACCAAAGGCUUAGCUACGACAUUUGUAAAUAAAACGACCGAUCAAUCGGUGUUGUUAGAUUUAAAGCAUUUAUUAAUUGAGGCUAAACAAAAGGUGCCAGAUUUUCUAUCAGAAUUAUGCCCCGAAUCUGAACAAUAUUUGGAUUUGGGCGAUUCGCAUGGUUGCAGUUAUUGCGGCGGUCUUGGGCAUCGCAUCACCGAAUGUCCUAAAUUAGAAGCCAUACAAAGCAAACAAGCCUCAAACAUUGGCCGCCGAGAUUAUUUAUCAAAUACUGCAGUUGAUUAUUAAAUUUAAGCAAAUUUAAACCAGUGAUACCCCAAUCAACAAGUUUUACAUAGUCAUUAAUUCAAAAUUAAUAGUUACAUAAGCCUAGUUUCAAAUCCACAAUCGAAUUUUGUUAGAAUUGAUAGACGGAUCGAUGUGCACGUGCAGAUUGAUGAUUUUUAAUUUACUUUUCUCAUACAUUUUUUGAAAUUGAGUUCGUCAUAUCGAGAGAGUAUAUUGCGUUAGUCAUUGCGCUUGGGUGAAAAUACAAUAAGCAAAUCAU